CUGCGUUUGGCGGUUCUGAAAAGCCUACAGUUGUCGGGUGUGCUUGUAAACACUCGGACGAUGGAAAUUAGUCUUUUGAAUCUUUUGUACGGAUUUGCUAGCUGUAUUUGAUAUAAUCUGCCCCCACGCGCUGUCCGUCUUUUUUAACGCCGCAGAAAUGAAGGCAUCAGUUCCGGAAAUAUUGAGGGAAGUUGAAACCGUCAAGUCAGCACUAGCCGAAGACAAUCCUCGGAAUGCCAGGGCCUUCAAGCUUCGCACAAGGCUUUGCCUACUGUUAGAAGAGUUGCUCCUGACAGACUUGGAGCUUGCCCUGGACAAAAAAGUAGAGCAGGAGCUGUGGAACAGUGCUUUUAGGAAUCCUAUUGCAGCAUUCCAGGUCAAAUCGACUGACAAGAAGGAAAGGGCGAAUGGCGAGUCCCACACAAUGCUGUCUACAUUGUUGGAGACAGCCAGUGGCUUCUAUCUUCAGCUUCUUCAAAAACUCUGCUCUGUAUAUGACAUCAGCUUCAAAUGCCGCUUGAAUGACUUGGAUUUUGGCAUCUUGCAGUGGGUGAAGCAGGAUGACGUAAAUGUUGAGAAACCAAAGAAGUCCUCUGUCCUCUACAUUUGUCAGCAUUGCUUGGUUCACCUUGGAGAUAUAGCACGCUAUCGGGGUCAAUCACUGCAGGCUGAAAACUUCUACCGCCAUGCUGUUGACAUGGGACCACGAAAUGGGCACCCUUACAACCAGCUUGCCCUUCUGGAAGCAGCUAGUGGGGAGAAACUCUCUGCAGUGUUUUUUCACGUGCGCAGUCUGGCACUGCUGCACCCUUUCCCAGCAGCUGCUACCAACCUUUCCAAGCUCUACUCGAAAAUGGUGUCUGACAGUGCUUCAUCCAUUGGCAAGACAAAAAUGACACCGUAUGAGUACACUACAGCAUUUCUUCAGUUUCACGCACACAUCUAUCUUCACACAGAGAUGAGCCGAGCCGAGGGUGUGCUGAGCUCUCUGACGAGCAGCCUGCCUGCGCUGGUGAUGGUGGAAAAGCUGGACACAUGGCAGCUGCUGCAGAUGGUGGCCAUCUGCAUGUUCAGCCAGCAGCACUGCACAACGCAGGCACCCAGCACGACUGACUCAAGCACUGUCGCCGCCCCCCCGCACAAGAAGGCCCAACACCUCCUGCUCGACCUAGUCGCAAGCAUGUUGCACGCUUUCCUGCUGCCCAUGCAUGCGCUCCAGGACCCUCGAGACAUGCGUGACUGCUGCAGCGUGCCUGUGGUAAAGCUGGUCCUUGACUGGCUUUUGCACAAACAGGAGCUGCUGCACAGUGAGCCUUUCGUUCGAAAGCCACAGGUCUGGCAUGGAUUCUGCAAGCUGAUCAAUGCAUUGCUCACUGUGCUUCCUGCUGAGUUUCCAAAAGAGAAAUUUAUCACAAUUCCUCUGCCCGAAGAUUGGGAUGUGCAGUGCUUCACGCCGCUACAGGAGGCUCACAGCAACCUCUGCUUUGAAAAGCCCCCAAAGCUGAUUAAAGGUGAAAUUGGUGACUUGAGGGCAAGCAGGCUUCUUGAUCUUGCAGAGAUGCUGAGCCAAGUGGUCAUGAAUGGCAAAAACGUGAUUGCACUGACAAAGGAGACACCAGCACGGUACAUCGCAAACCACUACACAGAAGCCAUGCGCAACCAGGUGCUGCAACAGAUACAGCAGCUGUCCAUUGAACCUGAGGGGGACUCCAGAAGGCCUGCAGAGAAGAGUGUCUCAGAGGUGCGCUUCAAGCUGGAGAAUGACAGCCACUCGAUCAAGGCAGGAGAGCCAGAGAAGAGGGGCAUCAAAGGGAUGACUUCGCUCAAGGACCGGAGACCAACCCGUAACGUGGCUAUGCAGGCUAUUUUUCAGCAGUGGGAGCAGCGAAGUGCAGGCCUGGUUGACAGCCAUAGUGGACGGAGGGGUCCCUCUGCUGACGCUCUAUCAUCUGCUGUACAUAAUAUGCCAGGUCAGAGCAACCACAAGGCUGAUGAGAAACCCUGGCAUCACCAGCACUUUCCGCGUACAAGCAGCAGUGGCAGCCGUGUGAGCUUCCAUCUGCCUCCUACAGCCAAUGGGCAGCCCCUAAAUGGCCCUGCUGCUCCUCUCACCUUUGACCCAGGGGUUGCUCCAAUGCCACCACCACAGCCGCAGCCACACUUCAGCUUGGCUGAUGGUGGUGGCGGGCAGCAGGCAGCAGCUGCCCAGCAGGCCUCGCCCUUUGUUGGUGGGCCUGCCCUGGCUGGACCAGCCAUGGGACCUUCGUACCUGUGGAACUAUUUUGUGCCCACCCCGGUGGGCCCCAUGGCUGCUCCUACAGCAGGACCCCAGCCGCCUCCGCUGUUGUACUUGGGCAGCCAGCCCAUGGUGAACCCACAGCUGGAGAACCUGCUGCGCCAGCAACAACAGCAUCAGCAACAGCACCAGCAGCAGCAACAACAAAAACAACAACAGCAGCAGCAGCAACAGCAGCAGCAGCAGCAGCAGCAGCAGCAGCAGCAGCAGCCGCAGCCGCAGCCCAUGGAGCCCAGCAAGGUGGCCAACAGUCCUGCCGACCUUUUCCAGGGGAAUCCGUCACCAGCAAUGGCACCCCCAUCACAGCCACCCUGGAUGCCACAGCAGCUGAUGGAAGUCAAUGGCUGCCAGGUGGUUCCCCCAAGUGGUACAGUGCAGACGCCAGGGCCCGACUUGCCAGCAAACACUUACUCACUGUUCAAUUCCCCUUGGCCCUCUGGUCUUCACCACAUGGCCAAAGAAGGUGGCAGAUCGCCAGCUGGAGCAAUUGACCCUAUGGUGAUGCAUUCCAGGAUUCAGUCCCUGUGGUCGGGACCUGGCCCCUCACCGCUGGAGCGUCUGCUUGAACAGCAGAAGCAGUGGAGAGAUGGUGCUGCGCAGUGAAGGCAUUCUGUCCGCCCCCCCCUGUCCAUCUGUGGAGCAAAGCGCUUGUUGGGAAUGAGGCUCUUGUCACCAGAAUGCCCAAAUGUUCAGUCGCCCAAGCAGUGUGGCAAGCAAGGCCACUGGCUGACAGCAGGCAAAAUGGAGCACUGGCCCUGCCAGCAGAAGGAAACUCUUUGGCUUUCGGGAACUGAGCAUCAAGGUGUGACUUGAGUCAACAGAGCACCCAGGCCUUGCUGGAGUUUGCAAGUUUUGAUCACUGCAUGCUUCUCAGUCCUGGACAAGGUGAAGUGCUCACGGAGGAGUGUCGAUUCAAGUGAUGAGCAUCCUUCCUGGCCAUCUGGAGUAGUCACUGUGGCUCAGGUUGGGUUUAUGACGUUUUAUUUGCCUCCUUUCCCCAAAGUUUGUACGCGUACAGCAGGGCCCAUGGUAUGUUUCCAUGGAGGUGUCGUGCAAGACCACGCAUGAUUGCCUGCCACCAACAAGGAUGAGAGAGAGAAAAGUUACAGGUUUUCUUGUCUUUCUUGUUCGGCUUGGUACCUUUCCAUGUAAGUCUAAAAAGUACAGUCUUCAACACCAAAACUGUGCACAUCAAAGACAAGAUGUACUUGGUUUAUGCUUAUCAUUUUAGUUUAUGCCUUCCUUAAAUUUCAAGUGCACUAUGUGUUUUUUUUUUUCCCCCUCUUCGUUUUUUUUUUUUUUACCUUGUAUCAUUUGUGUGGUUCACUGUUUGUGGCUGCAGAAACAGGGUAAGCAGGAAAGAAAGGCUUAAGUUGAAGGUCUUUUACAGCUUAGCUCAGCUUUGUUCUGAGCGAGGCAUAGCUGUGGUUCACAAAAACUGUUGCUUAGUUCUGCAGGCCAGUUCAACUAUUGUAGCAGUACAAAUAUCUCUAGUAUGGGGUUUUAGCUAUCUCACAAGAGGGCAAAAAGGUUUUAUUCAAACUUGCCUUUUGGUUUAUUCGUAAAGAACCUUUUGUAAGUGCGUAAUGCAUUUUUUUACUCAUACUUUCUUGUGCGUGCAUGUGUGUUUGAACACUUGUAAUGCAGCAUAAUUGAGCCACCAUAAAGGAUGACACUGUCUCUUUUUUUGUCAUUGAGCACAGUGAUACGGUUCAGUGCACAAGAUGUAGGAAACAUCGUAUAUGCCAAACAGUAAAUUCUUUUUGUGCCAUAUCUCCAUGCACUUGCUGCUUUUUAGACUCAAGGGUUGCCCUCCUGUUUCUUUUUUUUAAGCAUUGGGUCAAAGGGAUUCUUGUCACGCAUGCACGUACAGAUAUACUGCAAUUUCUUUCGUACAAGCAGCAUUGCUGUCCGCACAGCUUUGUUUGCAAUGUCCUUGUUUUCUGGUCAGCAGGCAUCUGUAUUGUGUCUGUUAUUUGUCUCAGUUGUUUAUAAGGGCAUUGCAUUGCCUAUGUGAGUGGUAUGCGUUAUCUACAGUGAGCUCAGAAAGUAUAGAGUGAGUUGCAGGUGUGCACAAGCUCUACUUUUCAGUCCUUAAGGUUGUAAGGCAAAUGGUACUUGGAAUUUUUUGUAUACAUAGCUCAUUUCAGAUCAGAUCAAAUAUGGGGCAGCCGGUUGACAUCUUUGUUUCAAAUUUGUGUUAUUCAUUCAUUGCUUAACAACUCAAGCACAUGAUUUAUUACUCAUUUUCAUUUGGAGAUUAUAAAAGUAUGCUUAAGUACACCUUGGGCCACUUGAUGCAUAUCUCAGACACAGUGCUUGGACAGAAUGGCCCAUGCCAACCCUUACAGGAAUGUCUGUUUUGACACAGCAUAGGUAGAGUUCAGCAUCAUACAAUUGAACAUUGUGGUCAUUGGCAUAGAGUGGAAUACCUAAACAGAAAGUAAGAUGAUUCUAGGAUGGGGUUUUCAUUUUGUUUACGUUAACAUAGUCAUUAAAUAUAUAUGCCUAGUACACCUCUAGAUGGAUUUUUAGAUUUUAGCAUAGCAUUGAUGAAAAAUGGGGUUCUUGGGGUCCAGCACAGCAUUCAGCUAUAAUGCACCAACAACAGAGCAUUGUCUAAUAGUAAAUUUAAAGUUCUAGCUGACUUGUUUCAUAAGACCCGAGGCUGGAAAAGUUGCAGAGUGGUGUGUUUUGUUGGCCAAGUUUUGUAUUCUUUCGAAAUGAAAUGGCAGCUACAGAAGCCCAUUUGGAAUAUUCCAGCAGUCCUUAGUUGGUGUGGCGAAAUUCUGUAAUACUUCACAAAAAAAAAAAAAAAUCUUUUAUUUAUGGUCAUACUUGGCCAGUACUGCACUGCACAAGAAUGCAUCUCUCCACUUAAGCAUAAUAUGUCGUAUUUCAAGAUCUCUCUUUUUUUUUUUAGUGAAAGUGAGGGCAUAACCAUUUAGACUAAUCAUUAGGUGGGGACAUAUAAAAAUGUGAACCAAAUAUCAGCCAGCUGCCCUUUGUUUAAUCUUAUCUGAAAUAACCCACAUGCUCCUCUCAUGUGAUCACUUAGUUGAGAGUGCGCUUUGUUUAAAACCUGAGAAUGUAAGCACUAUGUAACUUUUUCAGUCAACUAAAUGAAACCCGUGUUAUUGUUCCUGCAGUGAUCAAUCAUGCUGUACUUUUUUUUUCAUGAAAACUGCAUUUUUUUUAAUUGCGCAACAAUGUUUCUGUUAAGCAUUAUAAAUGAAACGUUUGAAGUUAUGGUUCCUGCCUGAUGUUGGGUUUCAAAGUACCCUUGAAGCAUCCAAAUAAACAUUUCCUUCACUAUGACUGACAAUUUCUUGUCGGCAAGCUGC